AUGCUGUCUCCACCCAUCCUCUGCUUUUCCUUGGUUCUCCUGGGUGCAGCUGCUACAUCCUCUCCCAUGACUCCUCUGGCAGGUCACACAACAGCCCAGUUGCAAUACUCGAAAGGCAGCCAUCGCACCUUUUUGGGGACACCCAAGCUCCUGGAUGUUCCUGAAGAAGACACAGCAUCAAUGGCUGCCCAGGACAGCAUCAUCAAGGCCACAGACCAGGCUGCAACUACAGCUACACCACCCAGUCUGAAAGCCUAUAGCAAGUGGCGCUAUAGAGAGACGCCCAAAACAGAAACCCAGAAGGACCUCCAAGUGAGUCUUCUGGCCAGAAUUAGGCAGAACACAGAAGAGGCUCCUUUUUGGAUUAAGAGGUUGGGAGGAACUUCUACAAUCUGCUGCACUCCUGCUACCGGCUCAGCAAGCUACAGCAUCCUAGAGGGAACCACGAUGCGUGGGAUGAGAGGACAAGAUGAAGCAGAUGGAAAUAAAAUGAGGACAGCUGUAAUUCAAAACAGCCAAGACCUGGGGCACCUUGUCCCAUCACAGCCUGACAACUUCAAGCCAAGCCCUUCCUCCGGUCCACGCCCAUACCAGCCGCUAAGGUCUGGUAUUACGUUUACUUCUCCACCAAUGGAUGCAUCGUGGUCGGUGACAGAGUCCAACACCAGCACUAAAGGAGGAGGCGCAGUAGACCACCGCUCUCCUGUACUGGUUUUGCUCUUCUUUCUCUUCCUCCCUCUUCCCCUCUGUAUACUGUGCUGGCUCGGGGCACGAAGCAGGCGCCCCGAUGAUGCAUAAAUUGGGCAGGGGGAGAUUUGGUGGCGUUGGGGAGCUUGGGAAGCAGUGGUGUCUGGUAGGGAGGAAGACAGGGAGACAAACAGUAGGUGGCGCCAGAGCCAAUGACAGGCAGCUCACCCUGGUUUUGUCCCCAUCCUCCUUCCUGCUGAGUUCUACAAGGGCAAUACUUCCAGGAAUAAGAAGAUGAGAGGGA